AUGUCUUCUUCCCAAAUGCUUCUUCUCUCUAGGCGUACACUACAGGAAAUAAGAAAUGGUUCACGGGCGCUGAUGGAUACAAGUGGCUCAGAGAGGAUCUGCGCAUGCUUAAGAAUAUUGAAUAUGUGGCAGAGCCCAGUCAAUUAGAAUUUCUCCGUUUGCUGAGUGACCGAGCCAGGCAGAGAAUUAAGUACAACUGCAAAGACUCGGUGGCCUGGGGUGAUAAGAACAACGGGUUAUCCAAGUCCAUUAAAAUCAAGGCUGACAAUGGAGUUGAAAUGCACGCGAAGUCUUCAAACAAAUUUAAACCCAAGCUCAUCCUAGAUGGGUGUUCGGUAAAGGAUGGCAAAUGGCAUCACACUGUCUUAGAAGUGGACACGCCUAAGCCUUAUCGCCUUCCCAUCCUUGACAUAGCAGCGUAUGACAUCGGAGACAGCGGCGAGGAGUUUGGAAUAGAAAUUGAACGUUUGUGCAGUCCCUGAACAAAGAACGUUUGCUUGAGACAGACACCGUUUCUUUUCCCUAGUGCUUCAACUGUC